CAGAGUCUACCUUGGGUGACUUGGAACAAGAAGCAAAAGAAAAUUUUCAGUAGCUAUUUAGUCGCCAAAGAAAAGUAGCAGUAGUAUUUCGGCAUUUGAGUCAUGAUCAGCAACUCAUCAUAACGUAACGUGGCAACUACCACGUUAAUAUAACAAGCCGUGUUCUUCUUCUUCUCAGCAUUGUUCGUUGCUGCUGACUUAUUCUCAGCAUUUUCAGGUGAGCUUGCAGAAUGGGAAGCCCCGAUGACCAGAUGAAUCCUUGCGCCAUCUGCCUGGGCAGCAUGGUCGCCGAUGAUGGUGGUCAGGCCAUCUUCACGGCCGAGUGCUCCCACGCGUUCCACUUCAGAUGCAUCUCCGACAGCGUCGCCCACGGCCACCUCCUCUGCCCGCUCUGCAAGGCGCAGUGGCGCGACCUGCCACUGGUGCGGCCGACAUCACUUCUGUCUGCGAUAACCACGCAGUCACAGUCAGAGGAGCGGCCACCUUCACCUCCACAGCCUGUGGAUCGAGCCGAGAGCGAGCGCGUCCGGGCGGAGGUGCACGAGAGCAUUGCCGCGGCGAGGGCGGCGGCAGAGCGGGGCGCGACCCAGGAGGCGGUGAACAUACUCGACAAGCAGCAGCUAGCGGUGCUGCGAUCGGGAGCAGCACGGAUCGGCGACCCCAUCAUCGUGGAGCUGGGAGCCGAGCUGCUUAAGAUGCGCAGGCAAGCGCACGCGCUGAACCAGCAGAUGCCGGCGCGCAUGCUGGCCGGCAUGAGCGCACGGACGCAGCAGCCACGAGCACGCAUGAAGGGCCCCCGCAUGAGCGUGACGAUGCCGCCACGCGCACGCAUCCAGGUCGCCGGUAUGAGCGCGCGCGCGCCGACACAGCGGCGUGCCAGUUCGAGGCAGAAGCGGCAGCCAAGCGCGGGCAGCGGCAGCGGCAGCCUGACGGCGGCGGGGGUGAAGAAGCGGAAAGCUCCGAACCCAAGGUCCCAAGGGCGCGCGUAAAUCCCGGUGACUGCACGUCUGAUCCCGAGCGUGGUGGAGAUUGAUUUGUAAUUAAGACACUGCUGCGUUUUUGUGAUGAUUUUUUUUGUGCUUGUUGAUUUGGUGUAAGGAAUUCCACAAUCUGCUGUACGCUUGUACAACGAGUAGUACCAUAUGUCCCCGCAAAAAAAAAAGUAGUACCAUAUGGUGUGGUUGUACAUGUAUGUGUGUGCAAGUUUAAAAAACUUGUACUUCAGGUGAGCAAGUACAUCGUUGA